GACGAACCGGACCGAACCGGACCGGGAAAAGCUGCUUCAGUCAGAAAUGGGUCCAGACUCGAAUCAUUUCCUGUCCGAACCUUUCUGCUCCAGUUUCACCAGCAGCAUGAAAGCUGCAGCUGCUUCUGGAUUCAUCCCGCCCAGCACCGGAGAAUUUAUAAAAUGACACAAUGAAGCCCGUCUCCUCCUCCUCCUCCUCCUCCUCUUCCUCACUGUAACCCCUGCGCUGCAGCCACGCACCGAACCGCACCGAACCGCAGGAUGCUGUGGAAGUCCCGGACCAAAGCCGAGGAGCGGGCGGACGGACUCAGCGGCUCCUCUCCCAGCGGCCGCCUGUCGCAGCUCUCCUCCCUGAACCAGUCCGCCUACUCCGCGGCUCCCCCGCUCUGCCACACGCCGGCCUCGGACUUCCAGCCGCCAUACUUCCCGCCGCCCUACCCGCAGUCCUCGCUGCCGUACUCCCAGAGCCAGGACUCGGCCUACUCGCACCUGCCGGAGCCGUACCCUUCCAUCAACCCGCUGCACCAGCAUCAGCAGGCGGCCUGGCACUCCCAGAGGUCCCGCUCGGAGGACGGCGGCCUGCUGUCGCAGUCGCACCGGGCGCUGAGCCUGGACCCCCGGCGGGAGUACGCCGCCGUGCCGCGGCUCCUGCACGGGCUCGGGGAGGGCGCGGCGGCGCUGGGGGACGGAGCUCUGGGGAUGCACCUGGGACACCACGGCCUGGAGGAGCUGCAGGGGAUGGAGGAAGGAUCCGCCCUGGGCAUCCUGGACCACUCUGUCAUUAAAAAAGUUCCCUCCAAGCUCAACGGCUCCGCCCUGUCGGCUCUGUCCAUCGGGAAGGACGGCCUGAGCGGCGCCGUGUCCAACCCGGCCGAGGUGUUCUGCUCCGUCCCGGGACGCCUCUCCCUGCUCAGCUCCACCUCCAAGUACAAGGUGACGGUGGGCGAGGUGCAGCGCCGCCUGUCUCCACCCGAGUGCCUCAACGCGUCGCUGCUGGGCGGAGUCCUGCGCAGGGCCAAGUCGAAGAAUGGUGGCCGCUGUCUGAGAGAGCGUCUGGAGAAGAUUGGGCUGAACCUGCCUGCCGGGCGACGCAAGGCCGCCAACGUCACUCUGCUGACAUCUCUGGUGGAGGGUGAGGCGGUCCACCUGGCCCGGGACUUUGGCUACGUGUGUGAGACGGAGUUUCCUGCCAGAGCCACGGCUGAGUACCUGUGCAGGCAGAGCGACCCGGACCAGCUGCCGACCAGACGCAGCAUGCUGCUGGCCACCAAGGAGAUCUGUAAGGAGUUUGUGGACCUGAUGACCCAGGACCGCUCCCCGCUGGGCGGCAGCCGGCCCACGCCCUGCCUGGAGCCCGGCAUCCAGGGCAGCCUGACCCACUUCAGCCUGCUGACGCACGGCUUCGGCACGCCGGCCAUCUGCGCGGCGCUGUCGGCCUUCCAGAGCUACCUGAUGGAGGCUGUCAAGCUGCUGGACAAGGAAGGAGGGAAGGGCCACCACGACAAGGAGAUGAAGCACCGGAAAUGAGGAGAGGCCCCAGAGCCACCUCCACCCUCAGGACCAGACUCUACCUGCCAGCAGGCUCCUCCCACUGAGGGGCGGAGCUAACGAUAUCUGUACUGUAGGAACACCUGAUGGCGCCGCAUGGACCUCUGACCUCCCAGUGGGGAGGUUCUGGUUUAUUCCUGUUUCUGUGGACUCUCCAAGCCCCUCCCACCCACUCCCACACCUGAAGGCUCUGAAUCCAUAUCCGACUCGGAUCUGGAGCUACAGGAGUCUGGGACUGUUCAAUCUGUAGUCCUCCGCAGCAAGUGCUCAUGGGAAAUGGAGUCCUCUCAGUUACAGGAGACUUUUUAUUUUCAGGUGUUUGUAACUUAAAGUAACAGAAAUCAUUUUGUACUUUCAGUGUGUGUUUAUUAUUAUUAUUGUUACUGUUAUUAUUGUAUUACAACAUAAAUGUAAUAUAUUAUUAAAGAAUUAAGAACUC